UGGAAAAGAGAAGAACAGACCGAAACUUCUUUCUAUUUCCCCUCCCAAAUACAGGCGUGUUAUUUACGAAUAUUCGUUGAAGUUCUCGCCAGGAGGUAGGGCAGUUACUAGGUUGUCAGCCGGCUAUCUAGUUUUAAAUAUGUAAAUGUCUCGUUAUGCAAUUUUUUUUUUUUUGUCAUAGCGUAAUUACCUAUAUGUCGUUUGAGUUAACACGAGAUAGGGGGAAUCCCAUACUGCCUUGCAGUUGCAUUUUUCUUUUCUUUUUUUUCUGUCUAAAAAAAGUGUCAAGAGGGAGUUCCGUGGGAGUUUCCGUUGUUUCAUGAUCCGUUAGCUGUCACUAUGGAUUAUAAUUUUAAUGACUGGCUGCAUAUAGCGCUAAAUUAAAGUUUUCUGUUUAAUUGUUCGUGAAUCUGUAUUAGUAUGGAUAGUAUAGGGUAUGGUACCUAUCGGCAAUUACCAGGCAUCAAUUAACCACAGACACAGAAAGCUAAGAAGAAGAAAAAACGCAAAACAAGUCUGAUUUCUGGAAGAGUAAACGGACCUAUCUGAAAACUGUUACAAGAAGAGAAGAUGAAACUCCUGUUUUUCGUCAUCUUUCUCUCCGGCUCCCAAGGUCUGGCUGGCCUUCAUGCCUCUGGCCUUGUGAAAGCCGAACAGGCUGGUGCGCACGAGGGCCAAGUGGGAGCUUUGACUAAUGGCAGCAGCAUCCUUGGGCAGGCCUGGUCUAACCUGACAGUGAACAGAGGAAACUGCUACACAGAGGAUAACCUGUUCAGUGUACAGGGCAGCGUGGGGGAGUCUCUCGUCCUGAAAUGCCACCGGCAAUCUCGUGCUUCCCUUAAUUCCAGCAUCACCUGGAAGAAGAACUGCUCAUCGGAACUGCGCUCCGGAGAAAGCCUUAUCUUUCAAAGUCUUACGACAAGUGACGCUGGAUAUUACACCUGCACAUGGUCCUUCAGCAAUGGAACACAGGUGUACACCAUGUCUAGAACCCAGGAGCUGAAGGUGAAUGAGGGUCGUGUUGUGCUUGAUCCUAAGAUUAUUCAGCCGCUGGACAAUGCCGAAAUAAAGGUGGAUGUGGGGAAAGCAGCUGUGGUCUCAUGUGUAGUGGUGCUUCAUUCUGAGCCAGAAUUUGAAUUGAUUUUCUGGAUGAAGGAGACAAAGUGGGUAUCAAAGGAACCCAGCGAGCCUGUCUUUUACAACGAAACCAUAGAGCCGCAGAGGGACGGGAAAUACCACAUGAUCGCAUCACUGGUGUUCAGACGCGUGACCCCAGAACACCUCAACACUAAGUACACUUGCAAAUUAGACUCACCAAUUCCUUCCUCAAUUAAUGUGUCCAUCACCCUGACAACGAGAGGUGAUGCUCCAUCACCUUUCCUGUGGUCGGGGAUUGUGGCAGUGUUUGCUGUCGUUGCAUCAGUGGUUACGGUCAUCUAUGUGAAGCUCAAAAUAGACAUUGUGCUGUUUCUCCGACAACUCAGGGGUGCUUCCUUCUCUGUUAAAGAUGGAAAGCAGUAUGAUGCCUACAUAAUGUAUUAUAAGGCAGCCAGCGAGGAGGCCCUGACAGAGGAGGAGCAGAGGCUGAUCCCCCGCAUACUGGAGACUGAGUUUGGCUACCGGCUGUGCCUGUACGAGCGAGACAUCCUCCCAGGCAGAGCGGUACCGGAAGCGGUGCUGGAGCACAUUGGGCAGAGUCGGAGGCUGGUGCUGCUCCCAGGCACCCUGGAGGCGGAGCACGAGAGCUGGGUGAAGGGCACGGCUUGGGGCGGGGCCGGAGACGAGCAGGGUCUGCUGAGCGGGCUCCACGCGGCGCUAGUGGAUCGGCAGACCCGGCUGAUCCUGGUGGAGAGAGCCCCGCGCGGCAAGCAGGACUCCCUGCCCGAGCCGCUCCAGCUGCUGGUCCGCUCUGGAGGCGCCGUAGCUUGGAGGGGUGACCGCUCCGCGCCCCUCUCUUCCCCCUUCUGGAAGAAACUGCGCUACCAUAUGCCUGCCCAGAAGAGCCCCAAGCACAGAGCAGAAAGCAUGACUAUGCUGUGAAGGAAAGGAGAGGGGGAACAGAGAACUGUGUGGAAUUCCUGAAAUGUGAAAGAAGAGAGAACGCCAGCUCUGUGAAGUACUUAUUUUUAUCUGCUUUGGUUCCUCUCAGAUGGUGCUCUGAUUUUUAGGAGCACCAAGGGUGCAUAGGACACCUAUUGUUUUUGCUAGGAUUCUUCUUCUUCCGCCUCUUCGCACCAUUUUGAAUUUUUUCAAAAACCUGAUUCUCACCAAAUUCAGCAUGUGUUAUCUGCAGCCCAUUGCUGUGUUAAAUUGUUAUACUUGUUAUGUUAUGUUUUAUACAUAAAACGAUGGCCACAGGACUGUAAUUUACAUUUAGGAAAAAUGGCUGACCACUCACAAAAUAUUUGUAUGGCCACAAAUUCACGUUGAUUGCAACGAUACUUCAGGGGAUGAUAGAUAGCAAUAUUAUGGUCGACCGUGCACAGGCUCACUGUGUCAUAGUGAAAUAUGGCCUGUAGGGGAGCGCUUGUUGCAAAAUACUAAUUUUGAAUAGGCUCUAUACAUGCACAAAAUUUCUUCCUCCUCAUCCUGAAAAAAAUUUGCUCAGAGAACUCUUAAAUUCUGCCCUAUUGGAUUUUCUGCCAUUUUGAAUUUUUUGAAAAACACGAAUCUACAAUGUUAGUCCAAUUCUCACCAAAUUUGGCAUGCAUGAUCUACAGCAUGUCCCUGUGUUAAAAUGCAGAAUACAUUUUGAUAUUUCCAAAGAUGGCCACAGGACAACAAUUUACAUUUAAGCAAAAUGGCUGCCCACUUCCAAAUUAUGCGUAUGGCCCCAAUUUUAGGUUGAUUGCUAUGGUACUUCAGGGGAUCUUAGAUUGUUUGUUAGAUUACAAAAGAACACCAGCACCAAUGUCGACAGUAGUAUUGUGAAUGAUAGAAUUGAUAGAGUGUGUGUUGUUAAUAACGUGUUACGUCCCCAGCCUCUGCUUGCCUGGGUAGUGCAGGUGGAGGUAAUACCUAAUUGCUUAAUUGCUUGAUUGCCUCCACCUGCCUGUGGCCCAGUAUAAGCCCUGCAGUAUGAGGCAGGGGAGAUCUUCUUUGGGGCUUCUUUUGUGUGGUUUGCGUUUUGGUGGUUUGGGUAGAGAUCUUCUAUUGUGUGAACUUUGUGUGUUUUUGUUUGUGCCUUAGUUUGUAAUUUAGAUUAAUAAAUGUCUGGCUUUAUUUUUAGAUCAGUUUCUGUCUGUCUAAAUUGUUAGAUCAAACUGCCCUGAUGUGAACCUGCACAUUUUAUGAGAAAAAAACAUGCAUUAUACUAGUGUGUAUUUCUGCAUUCCGGUGUAUUUGCGUGUUUGUAUGUGUGUGUGCUCACUAGUGAAUUACAUGAUUGUGCGCAGGUAAAAGUCAGAUACCCUUGCUGAAUGUUGCACAGGAUUAGCACACAGAAAAGUGUUUACACAAAUGAGGUUGGGGUGGGUGGAGCUGAUGAGUAAACAGAGGUUAUUUUUUCACACCUGUCACAGUGUCUGUGGCGAAAAUUGCACUGAUAGCAGGAAAUUCUGCUGAACACCUUUGUGUAUAACCGUUCUUUCUCCACCAUACCACAGGCUCGAUGGUGUCUUUGUCAUCCUCACACCCCCGCCCCCACCGCCCAGAAGUAACUCUACUGCUCUCGCAUCAAGAAGCCUGCUUUUGCACCAGAGGUCAAGGAUAACCUCUUAUAGGUGCAAGCGAGCAAGAGGGUGAAUGUGUUAACUAAGUGUCAUGAGCCUGUCUAGAGAAGAGCACUGUGUGUGAUUUGUUUUUAAGGUGAGAGACGAAGUUGUUCAAAAACCUCUCAUCUCUUUAUCAACUGCAAAUUUGUGAAUUUCAUUACGCUGUAAUAACAUCGUACUGAGGGGGAUGAAUUAGCACUGCUUGUGUAUAUAAAAUCUGUACAGAUAUUGUCCAUGGUAUAGCUAUGUGGUAUAGCAGAAACUCAACUCUCUUCUCUGCAGCUGACUGUGAUUUGUCUGUGACUUAUUUGAUUCACAGGUUCCAUUCAGAGAUUUUCACAUAUACUAGAUUAAAACAAUGAAAACAUACAGUAGAUAUAAUUAAUGACAGGAACAAUUAACCAGAACAUUUCUCAGCCACGGGAGAAUGAACCAAGCCUUUAAAUGUAGCUGUGGUCAUAAGUUCACCCAUUUUAACCAUUUUUGCGACGUAUUCCAAGUCCAGGGUGCAUCGUAAUUAAAAGCAGUCUUUCCAAUUUCAGAAAAUGGAUGAGAUAUUAAAAAACCAACAA